AUGAUCCAUCUACCUCUCUUCGCCGCGCUUCUACUAUUCCUAGUAUGCGACACGGACGCGCAGAGCGAAAGCGCGAGUCAAGUGCUCUCGAUCCUCGAGAGUGCCCUCGGCAGUCUCUCCUCGACUCUCGCGGCCUCCACGAGUGCGACUUCGCGAGCUACAUCCUCAUUAGCCACGUCUCAGCGCGUGGCCAGUUCUUCCGCAGCAUCGAGUCCGGUCUCUUCAUCCACCUCCUUCUCCAGCACUGGAGUAGCCACCACCGCUGCGAAUGCGGCGUCUCCAUCCACAUCCUCCUUCUCCUCGAGCACAGCAACAUCCACUGGAGCUGGCUUGGGCUCAUCCCAUUCCAAGACCUUGACUGUGAACGACCGCGCCGGAAUCAUCGUAGGCUGUGUGCUUGCUGGCGUCGCGAUCGUGGGCAUACUUAUUGGAAUAUGCUGCUUCUACAGUGUCAAGAAGCAAGUAAGGAGACAGGUGCAGCAGGAGAAGCGCGAGUCUGGCGGUGCUCUUCUAGGGGAGAAGAAUAUCACACAGCGAUCGAGUGGGGCAUGGGCGGGUGACCAGCAGCGCGACUCAAUGCCGCCUGGUGCAUUCGGGCUGCCACCUGGAACCAUCUCGCACCAAGCUGCGCGUCCACCGUCUGACGCCGUUCCUGCGCCGUACCUAGCGAAUACGGUGCAACAUCCGCCUACGUAUCCUGCGCCCAGCGAUUUAAUUGCCCCGCAGCAUAGCAGAUACGACUGGGAGCAUACAGUCACGAGUCCAAGCACCACGACUACGACGACGACCACUAUCACGACUACCGCGCCGCAACAGCGUACGAUCGGUGGUAGUUUAGGCAGCGCUCCUUGGACUUAA